AAAAAACUCAAGGUCGUCGAUCUAUGACUACACAGUGCUAGGUUAUGUAAAAAUUACACAACUGCAAAACAAAAUUCAUAGUAGAUCAACAAAAUGCCUCCCAGGCCCAAAAUCCAACACCAUGAUGUGAGCCCGUUUCUUCAAAAUCUUAGAGAGAUCCUGUUAGGCAGAAAACACACCAAAGCAUUAAGGUUUCAAGAUUUGUUGUCCACUAGAGAUCCACCACCGCCAGUUCUACCAGAUGGACCUGCACAUCGUCUAAAUAACAAUUAUUAUUUCACAAGAGACCCUAGACGAGAAGUAACACCCCCAGAAGUGAUUGUACCAAGUCCAAAACAGAUUCAAGAAAGAGGUGAAGGAAGGACACUUAUUACUCCAGGAAAGCUAUGGAACUGGGAUUGAAAAGCACGUUUAUUAUAAGAGUCAAAAUAAAUUAGGAUUUGAGUAGUGA